AAAACCCUAGUGAUAUUGAUAUAGAUAAAGUUAAUGAAUAGUGGCACAAACAACAAUAUUACAAAUAAAUAUAAAAUAAGGAGCUUAAAAUCAUCUGUCAAGAAUCUUUGUGCUUCAAUCUAUGAAAGUUAAAACAGUAAUAAUAGCUUCAGUAGCCAACAUCUCUUUGUCUGUACACUGCUGGCUUCAGAAGGAUUCUCUUUUAAAGAAGUGAAGAAACAGAGAAAGAAAACAAAAUCAAAAGAGCUUAAUCAAGAAAGAUAUGUUUGGCAACUGUGACCAGAAGAACAAGAUGCCUAUGAUCAGCUCUACCAAUACCAAUCCACUGGCUAGUAUGCAGAGCAAGAACAUGAUCGUGGCUCCGUCUCAUCAGCAGCAACAACAACAGCCACCGCAACUUAAGUGCCCUCGUUGCGAUUCAUCAAACACAAAGUUUUGUUAUUACAACAACUACAGCCUCUCUCAGCCACGGUACUUUUGUAAGGCUUGCAAGAGGUAUUGGACACAAGGUGGGACCCUCCGGAACGUUCCCGUAGGCGGUAGCUACCGGAAGAACAAACGUGUGAAGCGACCAGCAACCACAACCGUUGCCUCCACGGCCUCGACGACGACUUCUUCAUCCCCUAAUAACCCUCAUCAUCAGAUCUCCCAAUUCUCAUCCGUGAAUCAUCAUCCUUUGUUCUACGGUUUAUCAGAUCAUGUGAGCAGUUGUAAUAACCUUCCAAUGAUGGUUCCUAGCCGUUUCAGUGAUUCUUCAAAGACUUCUUCAUCAAGUGGUUUAGAGAGUGAGUUUAUCUCAUCUGGUUUUAGUGGUCUUGGCGCUCUUGGAUUAGGGCUUCCACAUUAUUUGAAUCACGACCACACCAUUAAUAGUAGCUUCCUCAACAACUCUACAACAAACAAACCAUUUCUUCUCUCGGGUCUAUUUGGAUCAUCGGUAUCUUCAUCUUCCUCUACUCUUCUCCAGCAUCCACACAAAACCAUUAACAAUGGUGGUGAGAUGAUGGGACAGUCACAUAUCCGAACCCUAGCACCACUUCCACAUGUUGGAGGUAACACUGACGAUAUGAACAAAGAAGGGAAGCUUGAUCAGAUCUCAGGGAACAUUAAUGGGUUCAUGUCAUCAUCAUCUUUAAAUCCUUCAAACAACAACAACAUAUGGAAUAAUGCAAGUGUUGUCAAUGGAGCGUGUCUUGAUCUCACAAAUAAUGACGUUGGAUCCUUCCUUACCUCCUUGAUAUAAAGCAAAAGUUGUAUGUAGGAUCUAUAACUAGUUAGGGUUUCAUCUUCAUCACUUUUUUUUUCUUUUUCUAUUUUGAGAUGAGAGAAGAAGCUUGGAUCAGAGAGAUGAAAUCAGGGGCAGUGUUGAUCUUGGCUAAAGCUCCCUCGGAUCCUCUUCAUCUCACCAUCUACAUCAUCUUCCUUCAAGUUGCUCAAGAAAACAAAAGAGGCUCAGGAUUGGUUCAAGGGUUACUAUGUUCGACUUUUAAGUUCACUUAAGGUAAAUUAUUAGUGUAUGUUCAUACUAUGGUCCUGAAUUUCAUCAUCUUUUUCCAUAUGUAAUUCUAAGGUCCACCAUGGGCUGAUGUUUCUUUUCAUUGGGACUGGGAGGGUAUAUUUGGGUUGAGUUUCUCAUGGGGUCCGAGAACUCAAUAGUUUUUUUUUUUAACUUUUAUAUAUUUUGUAGUUUCACUUUCUUCGUUGGUUUGGCUUUCGUUAGGUAUACAAACAGAGGGAGGGGUGUGGUUUGUGUUUUUAUAACUUUGGUUAUUCAUGUAUGAGUUAUGUUCUUUUUUUUUUUUUGUAACA